AUGUUUACGGCGUCUCGAUUACAGAUCGCAACAUAUCUCCUCGGGGUGUGCCCCUUCUCAAUCGCCUUCCUUGUCUUCCUGAACUCUUCUGUCUCAUUUGUGGUGACUGAUCUGAUUCACCUCCAACAUGGAGUCGGUGAUGCUGUGGGCACACUUGGCUUCGCAGACGAACUGCUGGCCUUGGUAGCAUGUCCUUUCUGGGGCAUUCUAUCUGAUCGAAUCGGUGUGAGAACAGUUUGCGUUAUGGGAUACAUCCUUAUUGCUCUGGCAUUGGUUAUCUUUGUCCAAUGCAAGAAUGUCUAUCCUCAAUUGCUUCUGGCAAGGCUCCUGUUUAGCCUAGGCGGGGCUGCGGCAUCAACAAUGGUGACGGCUGUCCUGCCGACUAUGUCAAUUACACUGCGCUCAGAGAACUCUAGAGGUCCUGGGCAAGAGCAAAGUGCUGACCGAAGAGCCAGCGCUGCGGGCAAUUCGCACGAGGACGAAUCAACUCAUGCGCCGUCUGUUUCAGUGUCGUCAGAAUUGACCAUCACCCCCGCAAUUUACCAGUCACACUCGGCCCAGGCCACAGAAGCUGAAGUUGCUGGCCUGCCUCCGGCUCCAGAUCCUCGAGCAACGUCAUCCAAGAUAGCAGGCUACGUGGGCUUCUCUGCUGGCUGUGGAGCACUACUGGCUCUUAUUCUUUUCCUGCCCCUUCCAGAGCGUUUUCAAAAACGUGGUUAUUCACCUGAAUCAUCUCUACAGUACAGCUAUUAUACUGUCGCUGUAGUGGCGUUAUUCAUCUCGCUGUGGUGUCUGAUUGGCCUACAUGGUCUGCGUGAAGAGCACGUCAACAUAAAGAGCAUCUUCAAAAGGUUUCAAAGCAAGCAGACAAAGACCACGGAUCAUGGUGCAAAACCAACUUAUCCGUGGCAGCACUUCCAGACAGCAAUCUCCCUCGGCUUCCGACGUGCCGACAUUGGUCUGGGAUAUGUAGGCGGCUUCGUUGCCCGGGCCUCCUCGGUUGGCAUAUCUCUCUUCGUGCCGCUGCUUAUCAACGCUCUCUUCCGCUCAUCAGGACUCUGUGGCCAGGACCCAGACAAGAUCGGCGGCCUCCCAGAACUCAAGCGCAAAUGUUCCCAAGCGUACGUCCUUGCAGCAGAACUUACGGGUGUAUCCCAACUAUUUGCUCUACUUUGUGCACCCUUGUUCGGCUACGCAUCCGCGAGGUUAGGUAGACGACAUGAACCACUCAUGUUCGCAGCAAUAGCCGGCAUAGUGGGUUACUUGCUUCUUGCCACCAGAUUCGACGUCGAUACAGACCACCAAAAAGGCAGCGUCGAAGCAUUCCUCUCCAUGUGCUUAAUCGGCAUAAGCCAAAUUGGAGCCAUUGUUUGUAGUCUGGGUGUCCUGAGUGGUGGUGUACUGAAACAGCAGAAGCAUGACUCCCUGCAAGGUAACCCAUCAAGAAGUCCAGGAUCACAUGCAGUCGAUCAAGAAGGUCAGACACACCAGACAGGCGAAGACGCGCCUCUCAUCCCUAAAGCUGGAGUAGACUCAUCAAAAGAUCUGUCCAGGUUGAAAGGCUCUAUUGCAGGCAUAUACUCAUUAUAUGGAGGAGCUGGCAUAUUGAUCUUGACGAAGCUCGGGGGCCUCCUGUUCGAUCGGGUGUCUUUUGCGGCCCCUUUCUAUAUCAUGGCAAUCUUUAAUGCGAUUCUGCUCCUUGUCUGCAUCUUGGUGACAACAUCGUCGUUGUUCAGAUAUAAAGGAGGAAAUUGA